CAGCUGCCGACAGCCGACAGGUGUUGGCCGUCAGUCGCUGAAAGGACACACAAGCAGCAGAGCUCAACUUUGCGAAAACGAAACGAACUGUUGCAGCCGCUGGCGAUGUGGUACUAGCAUAGCGUAAAAUGAGACGCAUUCCGGUGUGGGCCGCCAUGGCCCAACUUGUGCUGCUCGGCCUGGCCAUGCAGCUGGGCGCCAACGCAUCCUCGUCGCCGCCAGCCGGCGCCUGGCAGCGUUCGCUCUUUGGACGCAAUUCGCGCAAUUUGUUGCAUCGCAGCGCGGCGCCCGAUGUGGGCGCCAAUGUGGGCGGCGUUGGCACAUUUGAUAUGUUUGCCGGCAAUCUGAACAAUGCGGGCUACAAUAACGAAUACGGCCAAUUGUUUGCCAUGGACCAGCAGCAGCAGCAGCCGCAACCGCAGCCGCAGCAACAGCAAAGUCAGCCGGAAAAACAACAGCCACAGCCGCCGCUGUCCGCGCAACUGCGUCAGCCACAGGCCGAGGUCUACGGGAUUGUGGAGCCCCUGAUUGAGGACACGCCCUGCGCGAAUCGCGCCUGCCUGCUGAACGAUGAUUGCUGUCCCACUGGGGUCUGCGUUCACACAUAUGGCGAGGGCAAGUGCGUUUACGUGUUUGGCCACCAGCGGAAUCUGUGCCAACGGCACGCGGACUGCGCGCCGGGCAGCGCCUGCAUGCUGGCCACCCAGGAGGGCAUUUGGCGCUGCGAGGCGGAGGCUCCGCUAAUGCCGGAUGUGCUGCAUGUGCGGCCCAAGCAGCCGCUGGGCAGCGAAUGCAGCAGCACCAGCGACUGUCAAGUAAUCAACGGCAUGUGUUGCCAGCGUCAGCGUUUGCAUCAUCGCGGCUCGUCGAAGCUGAGCUGCGGCUACUUUCGCGAUGCCUUCGACUGCGUGGAUGUGACCCAAGAGCACAUGGCCAGCGUUUUUCAGCAGCGCCACAACUGAGCAAAAGGCGGCAAAUCGAAGAAGCAUAAAGAAAAUGAAUAUGAAAAUCUUUCACUGAAGACAACUUAAAGGCCACGGCAAACGUUUAAAGGAAUUAUAUUAUAAAUGAAACAUAUCAAAUGUUCAACAAAUGCAUAUCAUUCUUGUUGUUAACAUAAACAAAUAUAUACAAAAAUAUCUAAAAUUAACUCAAUUAAAUUAUAUUCAACACAAUUAUAAUAAUCAAACGGGAUUUUCAGUGUUUUUCGUAGAAUUAAUUAUAUUAAUCAGACAACAAAAUAAAUAUGAAAUUUAAAGAAAAUAUAUAUAUAUAUUAAAUACUGACUGAGGCAUUCAAUGUUAUAACAGCAAGUAUUAAACACAACAAUUUUAUUCGCAAAAGUCUUAAUGUUAUUAUCCAAAAAUAUACUCAAUUACAAAUUAAUUAAAAAUGAAUAUUGAAAUUAAUAAAUUAAUUAACUAACAUAUGUAGCCAAAGACCAUAACCGAAUUGUGAACUGUACCUUUUCAAGCACUUUGCGUUCCCCAUUCGCAUCAAGUCAAGUCAAACAAUAUAUACAUACAUAUAUGUAUAUGUAUCUAUACAUAUUUAAUAUGAAGCCUAUGUAAAUGUAUUUUAUAAAAACCCUUCAAAAAUGUUAAUGAAGAAUUAAAGUCAUCAAAUAAAGACAACAAGUGUAAGGCA